GUCGCUCUCUCAUCCCGCGCCGCCCCGUCGUGUUUCAAGAUGAAGCUCUCUUCCGUCUGGGUCGCCCUCUCAUUGUCCCCGCUUCUCGCCAGCGCAUUCCGCGGUUCGCAGCCCGCCAUCAAGGAGAGCAUCCGCUCCGCACCGCAAGGUUGGACACGGACUGGACGCGCGCCUGCCGACCAUGUCCUCUCGCUCAAGCUCGCCCUCGCGCAGCCCAAGUUCAGCGAUUUGGAGAAGCACUUGCUCGCAUCGAGCGACCCAGCUCACCCCAAAUAUGGCGCACAUCUGAGCAAGGAGGAAGUUCACGCACUUCUCGCACCCGCAUCCGACACGCUCGACAUCGUACACGAGUGGUUGGAAAGCCAUGGUCUGGGCAAGGAGAGCGUGACGAAGUCUGCUGCUGGAGAUUGGGUGACGCUGCGAGUCCCGGCGAAGGUGGCUGAGGAAAUGUUCAACACACAAUUCCACAUUUAUAGACACGAUGAGUCGGGCGAUAGCUUCGUCCGCACGACGUCCUACAGCCUUCCCUCCGUCCUGCACCCGCACAUCGACCUCGUCCAGCCAACGACGAUGUACACCCGCAUCAAGCCACUCCGCAGCACCCUCCACUACUCCACCGAGCUCGAGCUGACGAUGGACACUGCCUCGGACACGCUCACAGGUCCGUCAGGCAACGCGGUCGACCCGUCGUGCAACAACCAGAUCACGUUGAGCUGCCUCAAGCAGCUUUAUAACGCCGAGGGAUACACGCCGUCGAACACGAGUGGGAACGCGCUGGGAAUCACAGCCUAUCUUGAGCAAUACGCGAACUAUGCGGAUCUGCAGACGUUCUACCAGAGUCAGAACCCAGCCGCAGUGGGGUCGAACUUUACCUAUGUCUCCAUCAACGGCGGUCAGAACCUGCAAGACCCGUCACAAGCUGGUGUUGAAGCCAACCUCGACGUCCAGUAUGGGUUUGGUAUGACAUACCCUACUCCCGGUACCUUCUGGUCUACUGGAGGCGAGCCGCCUUUCACUCCAGACGAGUUCGAGCCGACGAACUCCAACGAACCGUAUUCUGACUGGACCGACUACCUCCUCAACCAGACUAACAUUCCGCAGACGGUUUCUACAAGUUACGCCGAUAGUGAGGAAACCGUCCCAUUCAGCUAUGCCGAUCGCGUCUGCAAGUCCUUCGCUGCUAUCGGCGCCCGCGGCACCUCUCUCCUAUUCGGCUCGGGCGAUGGCGGCGUCGGCAUCACCGGCCCGGCCUCAACCGCCUGCACCCCCAACAACGGCUCCGACGCCCACGUUUUCCUGCCCAUGUUCCCCGGCUCAUGCCCGUACGUCACCACCGUCGGCGCGACCGUGAACGUGCCCGAGGUCGCUGCCUCGUUCACCGGCGGCGGCUUCAGCAACUACUUUGCCCGCCCAUCCUACCAGGACUCAGACGUGUCAGCGUACCUGCAAGGGCUCGGCGACACGUACGCGGGGAUGUACAACGCGUCGGGGCGGGCGUACCCGGAUGUAUCAGCGCAGGGUGUGAACUUUUUGGUGUACAUUGCGGGCAAGCCGGAGAAUGUGUCGGGGACGUCGUGUGCGACGCCGGCGUUUGCGAGCAUUGUGACGAUGCUGAAUGAUGCGCGGCUGCAGGCGGGCAAGAGCUCGCUUGGGUUUUUGAACCCGAUGUUGUAUGGGAAUGCGAGUGCGGCGUUGAAUGAUAUCACGGCGGGGAGUAACCCUGGGUGUGCGACGGCUGGGUUCAAUGCGACGACAGGUUGGGAUCCGGUCACUGGCCUCGGUACACCCGACUUUGGGAAGCUGAAGGACCUCGUCUUGAGCUCAUAAAUCGAGCUUCGGGUUGUAUCGUCGCUUUUCAAUCACGAGAUGUUAUUCGGCAGUUGCGUUUUUAAUGCAAGGCUUCUGGCGUGUGAUGUUCACACUUCUUUGACAAAUCGUGCUCACGUACAAUCGAGCUUCGGGUUGUAUCGUCGCUGUUCAUUUACGAGAUGAUAUUCGACAGUUACGUUUUUAAUGCAAGGCUUC